UCGAAAGAAAGAAAAGAAUCUAGGCGGCAUUUGAUACUGAGGUCUUGGUUAGUUAGGUUGGAUCUGGGUUGGAUUAUUUUCCAAUCAAGUUAAAACAGCAUUUUUAUUGAAAUGGCCACGUUGAAUAGAAAACGCAAACUUGACCAAACCCUUAUCCAAAAAUUAUAUCAUGAUGUACCUUCAAAAGAUCCCACUCGCGAAAGCUUUCUGAAACGCCUGAAAACUUAUGAUGUCUUCAAUUGGUCAGGAAAACCAGUUGAUCCUCCUCUGUGUGCUUUGCAUGGUUGGGAGAUUGCCGAAAAAGACGUAUUAAAAUGUGUUAUGUGCCACCAGUUCAUGAGUGUUACUCUUCCAUCGCCAACCAAGGAUGCUCCAUACAAACAUGCAUGUUCAAAACUUAAAUCAAGAUUAGCUUCGGCUCACUCCAAAUUUUGCUUAUACUCCACCAAUCAAGUUCCGGACUCUGUUUUGGAGAUUGAACAUGUAUCAAAUAUGGAACUUCAAGACACAAUUCAGCAGCAGUUGUUGGCCUUUAAAAACAUUGAAGCUCUUUGCAAAGUAUCUGAAUUACAAGAUGAGAUCAAGGAAAUAUUUGACUGGUUUUUAGAAACAACAGCCAUACCUGAUGUUCAUCUCUCUAGUUUUACUUUUGUUCUUACUGGCUGGAAAUUCCUCCAAGAUGACAUGUUAUUGAAAUGUGAUUACUGCAAUAGGAAAUGGUCUAUAGAACCAUAUUUAAGCCAAAAAAAUUUGACAGAGAAGAAUGAUUCAGUUAGAACAACAGUGGAUCCAGUUGCUCAACAUCAAAGGUGGUGUGCUUGGAGAGCUCCUACACGAGGCUGGAAAUCUCGUCUCCUUCAACUGCAGCAAUUGAAAGAAUCUCGUUGCCGCGAAAAAAGGAGUCGCCUCAGUUCUGAUUCUUGCGAUUCCUUAACUGACCGUAUGCGAACUGUCCGCAAAUUACUUAACGGAACCCUUUAAGAAAUUCGAGAGGCGUCGUAAUUUUUAAUGAGCAUUUGCUGCGACAGUUUUAAUACAAAACUAAUUCAUCAAUUAA